GGGUCAGAUGAAUUCCAGUCUGAGUGACGAAGGCAGUGUGUGCAAAUGAGGAGGGGAGUGUGUGUGCAUGUGUGUGAGCGAGGACGAAUCAGGGAGGGUUAGAGAAAGAGAGUGAGGGGUGGACUGUGUAUGUGUGUGUGUGUGUGUGUGUUUGAGAGAGAGAGAGACAGGAGGAUAUUCAGGCAGCAGGAGGAAAAGGGGGAAUAAAGGGAGGAAGGAAAAGUGGGGCAGGAGGAAAAAGACAAGACAAGGGGACCCAGACUGAGACGGAAGAUGGCUGAGCCAGAGCUGAAAUCACGGAGCAGUCGGGAGAGUGUUGCCAAGGCGGCGAGCCAGGAGAAGAUAGCAGCAGCUGGUGCAGACCCCGACCAAGAUGGUCUGCUUGUGGAGCAGCCGGCAUCUCCAUCUACCCCCAUGGUCCCUGCUCCCAUUGCCACAAGCCCCACUGACGGCUCACCUGCCAAGGCGGAGAAGAUUAAGCUCAAACGCAGCAUCACCCUCUUCAAUGGCGUGGGCAUGAUCAUAGGCACCAUCAUCGGCUCGGGCAUUUUCGUCACUCCGACAGGUGUGAUCAAGGAGACGGGCUCAGCCGGGCUCUCCCUGAUCAUCUGGUCUGCUUGCGGAGUGAUCUCAACCAUGGGCGCCCUGUGCUAUGCUGAGCUGGGAACAACCAUCGCCAAGUCAGGGGGAGACUACACUUACAUCUUGGAGGUGUACGGCGAACUGGCGGCCUUUCUGAAACUGUGGGUGGAGAUGCUCAUCAUCCGGCCGUCGUCGCAGUAUGUGGUGUCGCUGGUGUUUGCCACCUACCUUCUGAAACCGCUCUACCCAAACUGCUCGGUGCCCGACAGCGCUGCCAAGCUCAUUGCCUGCCUGUGUCUCACAUCCCUGACAUUUGUAAACUGCAUCAGUGUGAGAGCGGCUACCAAGGUCCAGGACUUGUUCACAGCCUCCAAGUUGUUCGCCCUGAUCAUCAUCAUCCUCUUUGGCUUCAUACAGAUUUCCACAGGUGAUGUGCCGUACCUUACCCCAGAAAAGGCUUUUGAAGGCAGCAAACUGGGGGUCGACAACAUUGUCUUGGCUUUAUACAGUGGCCUAUUCGCUUUCGGAGGCUGGAACUACCUGAAUUACGUGACCGAAGAGAUGAUCAAUCCAGAGAGGAACCUGCCUUUGGCUAUCAUCAUAUCCAUGCCCAUAGUGACUGUGGUGUAUGUCCUGACCAACCUGGCCUACUUCACCACCAUCUCUCCUCAAGUUAUGGUCGAGUCGGAGGCUGUUGCCGUGAGUUUCGGGGAAUACCACCUUGGUGUGAUGUCCUGGCUGAUUCCUGUCUUUGUGGGUCUGUCCUGCUUUGGAGCUGUCAACGGAUCCCUGUUCACCUCAGCACGCUUGUUCUAUGCCGGAGCUCGAGAGGGUCAACUCCCCGCUGCUCUGGGACUGGUUCACACAGACCUUUUCACUCCAGUGCCGUCCCUCAUCUUCACAUGUUUGCUGUCCAUGCUGUACACCAUCUCCCAGGACAUCUUCUCGGUCAUCAACCUCUUCAGCUUCUUCACCUGGCUGUGUGUUGGUAUGGCCAUUGCUGGUUUGAUCUGGCUGCGCUUUACCAAGCCCAACCUCAGAAGGCCCAUUAAGGUGUAUCUGUUCAUCCCUGUGACUUUUGUUCUGGGCUGUGUCUUCAUGAUCGUCGUGUCCUUCUGGGCAGCUCCCUUUGAGUGCCUGGUAGGCAGCAGCAUUAUUCUCACAGGUAUCCCAGCGUACCUGCUGGGCUACAAGUGGAAGAAGCCCCAUGUGAUCAAGAAGAUGCUGGAAAUCUUCACCAUGUUCUGUCAGAAGAUCUUCAUGUCUGUUCCCGAGGACAGGGGGCAACAUGAGGCGGCGGAGUAAUCCUGGACUCAAGAUAAAACAAGAUGAAGGACUGAGUCAAAAAUAUUUUUGUGCGAUCAUUCUUGACGUGUUCAACGAAUGAAUAAACAUUCAUGCACUUGUGAUUCGGCUACAGCAGUUUUUUAAAUUUCUUUUUAAUUGUACCUGCCAGGUAACUGUGAAACACAUUGGUAUGUACAAGAGUUUUGUUUUUUUUCAUGUAUGCCCUUGACAUAUUUUUUAUUAACAGGACAGAGUGUUUUUAAAAUCACAAAAUGGAAUCAAAGUCUAAUCUCAUAGUCAGGAAAUGUAAACAUGUUACCCUGCUUUUAUUCAAAGUCUGUUUCACAAUAACAUCUCCUUUAAUGCUAGAAUAUGCCUUCAUGUUGCAUGUUAGUUAGUUAACGGAGAGUCAUGCACUGAUCUUAACGUGAGUAACUGUCGCAGGCGCAUAUUGUUUGCAGUCAUAAUGAAAACACGGCAUCAGAAGCUCCAAACACUCCAGUGGCCUAAAACAACAAGUUCAUUCUUUGCCUAAAAUUAGUAGUUAAAUGAGAAAAAUACUUUUUGUAAACUUUCUUUAUUUUUUCUAAACACUAACAACCAAACCAACACAUAGAUUAUAAUAGUUUACAGUUUUAAAGAGUAUGAAAGCAGUGAGUCAAAACCAACUAACACUCUGUUGUGUGGUUAAUGAUGCAUUGAGUUUAAAAGACCUAGUAUGAGAAACAAUCAGUGUAUGAAUAGGGUCAGGUUUCGAAAAGGAAGUUGACUCGCAUGAAUUUGAUUACAUCACACACAUAAGCUACUAAUAUUUAUGUUGAAUAAAUAUUAAUUUCUAUAUUUGUAUUUUUUGUAUUCAUCUGUAAAAUGAUCCCACAGCGCUAUCUUAAAGCACAAGAAAAACAAAACAGUGGCUGUGAAGUUCCCUUAUGAUGUUCUGCUGUGAAGCAGGUCUGUUUCCUGUAUCGUUUCCCUUCCAGUGUCAGUGCUUCAUGUGUGAUGAUAUCUGAUGAGACGACUGUGGGAACCAGCACCUGGUUGUGAGGUAUAACUAUGAGAAACUGAAGAUCUGUAUAGAUGUCAUUUUAGUGGCUGUAUUUAGGAAACUCCAUUGUAGUGUUAAAUGUUUUGCAUCUAUUAUCUAUUAUCUGUGCCAGCCGUGGCACUGCUGAUGUUUCAUAUUGUUUAUUCUUUUUAUUGUCACUGUAAGACCAAAAUGAAUGUUGCUAAAUGUUUUUGGUUGUUGUUGUUUUCAUAGGACUUUGCCUAUAAAAGCCUACUUUUCAACUAAA